AUGCACUUCGCCUUGCCUCCUCGGAAGACUUCGCACCCCCCUCCCUACGCUCGGAACACAUCCAACGCUCUUGUGCACAGACGGCGGAGACAAGUACAACUCGCCGGCUAUGCCAUACUCGCCCUUUUGACCUUGUACCUAGUGCUCAGGUAUAUUCUGCAAGCGCAUGCAGACCACAACAGUAAUGGCGCGUCCGAAAUUCGUGGGCCACAAGACAUUGUCAUAGUCACCGUGUUUGAGGACGGACUCGUGAGUGAGAACUACAUAAACAUGGUGAAGAAAAACCGUGAUCAUUAUGCUGCCCAGCACGGUUACAAGACCUUUUACACAAAUACCUCUCAUUACUUCGAUCUUAUCCAUCCUUCUCCUUCAUCAUGGUCCAUCAUUCCAGCUCUGCGGCAUGCCUUGACCCUCCAUUCCUCGAGCACUUUCUUCUGGGCCCUGUCGGCGGACGCUUUGAUAACAAAUCCGGUAUUAUCCUUGGAGGAACAUAUUCUGCAACCUCUGGAAUCCCUCAUGAAGAAGGAUAUUCCCGUCGUGCCACCAGAUUCCGUCAUCCAUACCUUCUCGCAUCUCAAACCUUCGCGGACCCAUCUGAUCUUGUCACAAGAUAUGGACAAUCUUGCCCAUACUUCCUUCAUCCUCCGCAAUACCCCGUUUACUCCCACCACAACCGAUAAUUGGGGACAGUACUUUCUUGACGCUUGGUUCGAUCCUCUUUAUCGAGCCUACGCCUUCCAGAAGGCAGAGGGACAUGCCCUGGAACACCUGGUCCAAUGGCAUCCAACUGUCUUGGCCAAGUUGGUUCUUAUUGAACAACGGCGAAUUAAUUCUUACAACCAUGCUGCACCACCAAUCCGCGACUCCGCGACUGGCAUGACUCGCACCCAUGACAGUAUGUGGCAGGGAGGCGAUUUGAUUGUCAACUUCAAAGACUGCCGAGUUGAUCCGAAACGAGACUGUGAGGAGGAGAUGCAGCAGUAUUUCACCUUGUGGGAGAAGCUCAUUGCUAAACUCUACGCUGAAAAGCAGACUCAAGCCGCUCACCCAGCAGCGCCGCGCAAGCACGUGGAAGGCGAAGUCCUAGGGAAGGGAGGAGCUGGCUCGUGA